AUGUACAAAACAAGUGCUAUAUAGCAUUGUGAGAGACUUUUGUGAGUUUAAUUCUCUCAGCCAGCAAAAUUAUAUUUUUUUCCCUCAAAUAUCUAUCCUUUGAGUGGGAUCGAGUGUGUGAGAAGAGAAAAAUUUACGCCUUGGAGUACGUCCAAAAAGUUUAUCUAUCAAAUGAGAAAUUUAGCCGUGAUCUUGAGCUAAAAAAGCUGAACAAUGUAAUGUUUUGAGAAAAAAAGUUUCCUCAUUGCGGUGUUGAAGAUUUUGUGUGUGGAAGAAAGAAGUUGGGCAGAUGAGCGAUAGCUCAAGUGAGUCACGACGUGGUAUGCGGGACGAUGAGCGUCCAAAGGUGCCCAAUACCAAGGAAGAGAAGCAACGACAAAAUGAGGAAAUUGUAACACUGGAGACGUCCUCUGUGUCCUCGGAGAGUGGCUCAUGGGAAAUCUUCCCAACACCCACCAAGAGCAACAAUGCCAGCUCCAGUUCACUCAUUAAACAGCCACUCUCUCUGCAGGCUACAUGCCGACAAUUUCUCGAUCAUCAGACCGAUGAAAAGGCUGAAGUGGAGACUGGGAGGGAUCCACCUGCCACGGCGUGCUUCAUCGAUGCCUCGAGCUUAAUGGAUGAGACAGAGGUGGCAUUUGCAUCACCAGCACGGGCAAAAGGGUACGACAUCAAGGACCAAUAUAGCUCUGAUUCCGAUGGGAAAUGCCCAUCAGGAUCGGAUUUUUUCACAUCAGACAAUCCCCCGAAGCAUCAUCAGGAUGAUGCAAAGAAGGAGUGCGAGAAGAAGCAGGGUAGUGUCGUCUUCAGGGGCGCCAUACGUCAGUACUCAGGACACUUUGUGGAUCCUGUGCUCGUGGAUCAGGCACUGAGUGAGUGCAGCACAUCGAGCCCAUCAGUCACAAAGAGUGAUCACAAUCAUCACCAUGAUUCCGAUGAGACACCCUCGCGGAAGAGCUCCACGUCGCCGCCCAUAAUGUCGGGUGGGGUGUCAGUUGAGGAUUUUUCCCCAAAAGUCUUCAGUAGCCCACAGACAAAGAGGCGCACCGAGAUGUGCCCCAUUCUAUCGGGUGGUGUAAGCCACGAGGAUUUUGCCUCAUCCUCAAAACCCGAUCUCCUGAAGCAUGCAACACUGAAGCAAGCUUCCUGGGUCAUUGAUAUGUCUCUCUCACCCAAAUCCCACGAACCAGACAUCAUAACGUCCGAAUCCCUGGACACGGACUCACUCAAGUGCAAGAGUGCCCCCAUUGUGGUCAGCUGUGAUACACCGCUGAAGAAAUCCACAGGAUUCUACAUUCCAUUGGACACGGAUGAGGUGAAGGAACCCACAUCCCUACCUGAUCUUGGCACAUCCAAGAGUGGCAGCAGCAAAAAUAUCUUCUCGAUGUUCAUUGAUAUUGGCGAGAAGAAGCCCGUAGCAAAGAAGGGGCCAGUUAAGUCACGUCUCACCAAGAGUCUGGCACAGUCUAAGGAAGUCGAGCAAGUUGCAACGGAGGGAAGAAAUUCCGCAGAGUCCAGCAAAUGCAUCAUGAAUAUUUUUGAGAGUAUCCCAAUACUUUCGAGCUCUUCGUGCACAUCAAAUGACUUUACGGCAUCCAAUAAGGAAUCCUCAGCUUCUGAGCGUGAGAGAUCCGAUCGUUCCAUGACAUCUGAGGAGAAUAUCCAAAGGGAGGAAGAAGCUAAUGAUGAACCUGCGAGGAGUAAGAAUGAUGAAACAUUCGUCAUGCAAGCGGUGCAGGAGGCAGGGAAGCUCUCAAAUACCCUUUCCCUCACAUCCUUGGCCACUGAUGUGGAUGAUAAUACGCUGCAGAAUGGAGAAACAUCGGGAUGUUCAACAGAUGAUCAGGAAACUCCGGGGAAAAUUGGGAAGAGCGUUAAGAUAUCAUCGGAAAAGCACACAAUGGAAUCCCUCAGGGCAACCAUUGAGAAGCAGAAGAAACUCCUGGACACCGUGGCUGAGGGUGGCAGUGAAUCCGGUGGGUUUGUGAGACUCUCAGAUCUCGAUAAACCCGUGAAGGCAUUCCAUUUGAAGCAGUCACAACACAAGAGGGUCAAAUCGUACGAGAAGUGCAUUUGGAACAUGUCCAAAUCAACGGAAUUUACAAAUCGAAUAAACUUGGCGUCAUCCUUUGAGAAUUCACGGAGCCUCAGUCGGCUCUUCCCACAUCUGAAUUCAGUUUUCAGCCACAGUCUCCCAAAUAAUGUUGGCGAGGAGACUAUCUCGGAGAUUCAGGACAUGUUCAUUUCAGACAUGUCUGGGGAGUCAAGUGCCACCAGUACGACGUACAGUCGCUCCGGUUUAGAAUCCGUUGAUGAAUCUACAAUAUCCAGCCGUCAGCCGCGUCGCCUUGGGGAGGAUUUACUGAAGCUCUUCCUGCAGGAACUCGGCACGGAUGUCACGAUAGACAUUGAUGGACGCAAAAUUGGUGCCCACAAGUGCAUCCUUCGGUCUCGAUGCCAAUACUUUGCUGCCAUUCUAGCUGGUGAUUGGAUUGCAACAGCAGGCAAUACAAUUGCCCUCCCUGGCUAUUCCUAUGAAUCUGUGCACUUUGCUCUCUGCCACAUCUACUCUGGCGCCACUCACCCACCUGAAGGAAUAAGUUUGAUGGAACUGGCAGCUCUGGCUGAUCUCCUGGGGCUCGAAGGGCUACGCGAAAUUACAGCGUACGCCCUGAAAACCAACUACUGUCACAACUUCCACAAGCCCUGCUCAAGCUGCAUUGAUGGGGUACUCAAAGUACUCCCCGUGGCUCUAACUCAUGGGCUCGAUGAUCUCUACAGGAAGUGCCUCAAGUGGUGCUGCAAGCACUACAUGAAAAUCUGGAGCACACGGGCUUUUAGCAAUCUCUCAUCUGAUCUACGACUGAGGCUACAGCAGCAGAUCAUAAAUCACAUUACAAGUGAGACUGUCUUGAAUCUACAUCUUGAGAGUGAAGAUCUUCUAACAGUUUUAGCUCCUUGUCGAUGGGCCCUCCAUAUCGAUCACACCAUCCGCAACAUCCUUGAUGCAACAACAACCUAUGUUUCUGAACAUUUCUCAUCUCUCCUAGCCAGUGAUUCCUUCCUAUCGCUUGGGCAUGAUCGUAGCAGUGAUAUUAGUCGCCUGGAGUCCUUCCUCCUCCGUAGUGCAGCCACACUUAGUCCUGAGCAAGCCUGCAGGACGUACCAGAGGAUCAAUCGACUCAAUAUCGUCCUGACAGAGAAGAGAAACAUCGACGAUGCGCCGGAUUCAGUGGAUUGGAGUACGGAUUUUAUACAUUUGGUAGCAGCAAUCUUGUCUGCAGUUGAGCAAUGCCUUGUGAGGCAAUGCUCCAAAGCCAUGAGGACCAAUACGUGGCACAGGAUGGAUAUUGAAUUGAAGAAAAAGAUCCAGAAACUUUCACGAAUCCCCGAAUCGCAUGCCGAGAGACGAUCACGUCCAAUUAACAGGGAACUCCACAAUCAAUCACCAAGCUACCACAAUCGCAAUCAGAGUUUGCAUCAAAUUCGCCUGGCUAUUCAGGCGCACUCAUCGGGACGCCACAUUGUCCCACCAAUUGUUGCCCCCAUUGGCACAUACAGACCAAGUAUCCACACUCAAACAUCCCACGCUGUGGACCAUCAUGUCCCAAAUAUCCAUCAGAAGGUGGAUAAGAGUGUUCAGGCCAAUCGAGAUUUGUCCAAGCCAAAAGUGGAGGAAGCUAAAAAUCGCAAGGAUGCACCAAAGACGACAAAAGCCCCAAAAGUGGCUUCCAAUAAUCCCAACAAUGUUUUCAAUCGCCUGAGCAAUACCAAUGCCUUCCCCAAACGACUAAAGCCCAUUAAAUCCGACGGGGGUGAGGGGCAGAAGCUGCAUGAUGGGCAGAAGUUGCAUGAAGGGCAGAAACUUUCGCGCUCGAAGAAGGACUCAUCAGGAACGAAUUUAUCCAUUGAUUCCCUCGCGGAAUCCGUGAAGAGUAGCCACAAAUCCCAGGAAUCCCUCAAGCGAUGCAACACGAAGUCUGUGCAGAGUUCCUACAGCGACUUCCCCUCAAUCGUCUCAACGGUCAGCAACAAUGCCCGGAAUCGCCCAAAGAGUGGAAGCAAAAUUCCCCUUUCCACAAUGCCAACCACCAAUCCACCGCUAGUCCGGAAGAGUUUCCUCUCUGAGAGGUCCAGGCAAAUAUUGGAACGAAAGAAGGCACAGCAGGAGAAAUUCAUUGGAAAUGAUUCGAAGGAUUCAAAGAGUUCCACCCCAACGAAGAAAACACCCAGAACAUCCACAAAGGACACGGCCCCGAAGAAGGUUGGGAAGACGAGCAAGAAGCCGGGGAAAGUGGUGGAAAAGGAAAAAUCAUUUGGAGAUCAGAGUGAGGAUAAAAUCCUCAAGGAGAGCACUAGCAAGCUCGAGCGUUCGAGUACAUUUUGCAAGGAAAAAUCCGACAUACCUGGCUUUGAUUUAAAUUUCGCUGCAGAUUGAGAGGCUUCAGCAGAACCAAAGGCACUUCCGUAGAGCCCCCACAGGUCCCCCCACAUAGCAAGACCCCCUAUAUAAGUAUAUAUAGUACAUAUAUCCAAAAGUAGUGUGCUUCAACCAAAAUGAGAAAUGCGUAUUUAUAAAGGAAAAAAAUAGUUAGUUAGAAACUAAAAAAAAAAGAUAAUUCAGUAACUAUGUGUACGUAGUUUGUAGACAGUUGUAGGAUCUAUAUGCUUGCAGAAGAAUCCUUAAGUUGAAUCCCUCCUUUUUAUUAUUUAUUUUUUUAUUUAAAAUUCUUUAAGUUUCCAAAUCUCAAAUGCCAUUCCACCAUGUGAUGCAUCUCUCGGUGUUUAACUUAAUUUUUUUUAUGUGAAGUCCUCACAUAAUUUUGGGAACUGUAGGGCAACAUACCCAACAUAUAUGUUUCCGCAUGGAUUUAAAAAAAUUGGGAGAUCACAUCUCAGUGUUUUUUUUAUAAACUGCUACACGUAACUCAUAGUAGAAGUCUAGCUUUAAGGGAGAGCAAAAAAAAGGAAAAAAAAGAAAAGGAAAGAAAACUCAGUGUAUUCCAACACGUAAAACACCAAAAGCUAGUCAUGAACGUACAAAAAAUGGUAUUAUAUUAAUCCUUUUUAAAUUAAGAUUAAACAUUAAUCGCUAUGCAAGAGAUAAAAUAUUCCAACAUUAUGCAAUUUCUGUGUCUUUUCUUUGUGAUUCUUUGACACACAAAAUAAAUCUCAUUGUGUUUAUUACAAAUUUUA